UAACUCACAAUAGACUCUGCUCCUAUUAGUCCUAUAUGUGGAAUUAAUGAGCAAAUCAAUGCCCAUAAAAGAAGCAGAUAGCAAUCCCUCGUUCGUGUUUUCUCUUUCGGUUUGAGCUGCAAGAAUUGAAGUAUGGGUCAAGCAUUCGGUUGCAUUCAGGUGGAUCAGUCAAAUGUUGUUAUCAGGGAACAUUUUGGAAAGUUUGAUGAUGUGCUUGAGCCAGGAUGUCACUGCUUGCCUUGGUGUCUUGGAUACCAGGUAGCUGGUGGACUCACACUGCGUGUGCAACAACUUGAUGUUCGAUGCGAAACAAAAACUAAGGAUAAUGUCUUUGUCAAUGUGGUUGCAUCUGUUCAAUAUCGUGCCAUUGCUGAAAAAGCAUCUGACGCUUUCUAUAGGCUCACCAAUACCAAGGAGCAGAUCCAAUCAUAUGUUUUUGAUGUUAUCAGGGCAAGUGUCCCAAAAUUGAACUUGGAUGCUGUCUUUGAGCAGAAAAAUGAAAUUGCAAAAGCUGUGGAAGAUGAGCUGGAAAAGGCCAUGUCUACUUAUGGGUUUGAAAUAGUUCAGACCCUUAUUGUGGACAUAGAGCCAGAUGUUCAAGUGAAGAGAGCAAUGAACGAGAUAAAUGCAGCCGCUAGACUGAGGUUGGCAGCAAAUGAGAAGGCUGAAGCUGAGAAAAUAUUGCAGAUCAAGAGAGCUGAAGGAGAGGCGGAGUCAAAAUACUUGUCGGGGCUUGGCAUUGCUCGUCAGCGCCAGGCCAUUGUUGAUGGGCUGAGGGACAGUGUACUUGCCUUCUCUGAGAAUGUGCCUGGAACAUCUGCCAAGGAUGUCAUGGACAUGGUGCUUGUGACUCAGUACUUCGACACCAUGAAGGAGAUUGGAGCAUCCUCAAAGUCCUCGUCUGUUUUCAUCCCACAUGGACCUGGUGCAGUGAGAGACGUUGCUACACAAAUUCGAGAAGGUCUUCUUCAAGCCGGUUCUACCUAGAGUUUGACUGCUACUUAUAUGUGAGACCCAUAUUAUGCUUUUGGCUGAAGGGCAUAUUGUAGAUUCCACUAAGUUUGUUAUUAGUCACGACACAAAAUGGUUACUUUAAUUAGUAUAUGAAAGGGUGAAAAAUAUACCUAGGUGAAUGUUAUUAGUAGUUGGCUUGUUAUGCUACAUGUCUCUUUUAUGUUUCUCUUAUGCUGUGUUCGGGUGAGAGUUUUUGAAGUAAAAUUGUGAUUUAGGAAUUCUUAUGUU